AUGAAACAUCUCCUGGUUUAUCCUGCAAUUGUUCUUCUCUUAGCUGCAUGUCAACAACAAAACAAAGCGGGUGAUGAAAAAAAAGUCUAUGGUUCCGCAACCGCAAAGAUCACCAAUGAGCCCAAUUCUUCUUCGAAAAACGAAGGUCCAUUAGCGUUAGCUCCUAACUUACCUAAGCUACAAGAAGGAGAUACGGUGGAUGUAAAGUUUGAUGUGAGGCACCAGGUUUUUCCUAUUUCAAAAACUGUCAGCUAUACGGCCUGGACUUUUGGCGGGUCGGUGCCAGGUCCGGUACUAAGAGUCCGCGUAGGCCAAACAGUCCGCUUCUCAAUGACAGACCGAUCCAACGACACAAUGAAUAAUAUGGCCAUGCACAUGAACAUGGUUCCUAUGCAACACUCUAUAGAUUUUCAUUCAGCAAUGGUCAAUCCCGAAGAUAAAUACAGAAGCAUUCAACCAGGGGAAACCAUCCACUUCACAUGGACAGCAAAUUAUCCCGGUGUAUUUAUGUACCACUGUGGCACCCCCAUGGUACUGCUUCACAUGAUAUACGGUAUGGUGGGAAUGGUAAUUGUAGAACCAAAGAAUGGUUAUCCCGGUAAAGUCGAUCAUGAGUUCGCAUUUGUUCAAAACGAAUACUAUUUGAAAAAGGAAGGAGAACUUUUUGUUCCCGAUACUGCUUUAGCCCUGAAAAAACAGCCAACCCUCGUUGCAUUUAAUGGUAAAGUAGGGCAAUAUAUUGUCAAUCCUCUAAAAGUAAAAGCGGGUGAAAGAAUCAGGGUGUACCUGUUAAACGCCGGCCCGAACAAUGCGACAAAUUUUCACGUGAUUGGUACUAUAUUAGAUAAAGUGUGGUUGGAUGGUAAUCCAAAAAACGAGUUAGUCGGUAUGCAAUCUGCUUAUAUUGGCCCCGCCAGCGGUGCCAUCCUCGAAUUUGUCAUUCCGGAGAAAGGAAAAUCUUCCACUAAAACUCGUUUCGCCGCAUCUACAAUAGAUUCUCCCAUCGGGCAAAAUUGUGUCGUAAGUGUCAUCGUGCAAUAG